AUGUCAGAAGAAAUCAAUAACAAGCCCGUUUUAGCAUCGACUACUGCACAAAAUACUAGUAAAUCAGCAGAUACCACCGCUACUGCUGCUGCUGCUGCUACUCAAAACGACAGGGUCGAUGAUGCUGCUGCUGCUGCUCCUGCUACUGCCAGCUCUCAAGACAAAUCAGAAGACAAAAUCAAAUCAAGCUCCGGUGGAGACGAUGUUGACGACUUGGAUGAUUUAUUAGAUGACUUUGCCGAUGACGUGCUCAAUAAACCACCGGGAUCUGCCCUUGAGAGCCAAUCACAGACAGGAUCCACUACCAAGAAGGAUGCCAAAGAUGGCUCUGGUCCUUCGACCGACCCAGUUGAUGAAGAUUUCCAAAAUUCUGUUGCUGAAUUAAUCAAGGAUAUGAAAAUUGACGAUCCCGAAACCCAAAAACAAUUUGAAACGUUAGUUAAACAAUUUGAAACUAACCAUCGAUCGGAAGCUGAGUCUGGUGCGCAACAGAACGCCAAUUUCGAUUAUGUCAUGAAGGAAACCAUGGAGAGAUUACGUAAAUCGGGUGAGGAUAUUGACUCUAAAAUUAAAAAUGACUCAUCAGGUACUAACCCCGAGGAUAUAUUGACUCAACUUCUUGCAGGAAUGAAUGAAAGUGGAUUGGGUGGUGGAGAUAUGGACAUGAGUAAAUUGUUGAUGGAUAUGUUGGAACAAUUGAGCUCAAAGGAGGUGUUGUAUGAGCCCAUCAAGGAUUUGAACACUAAAUUCCCUCAAUACUUAAAGGACAAUAAGGAUAAAUUGAGUCAGGAACAAUACACAAACUAUAGCAAACAGUACGACAUAUCUAAUGAAAUCUUGAAAGUGUUCAACAGUGACAAUUAUAAUGAUUCAAAUAAGGCACAACGAGAUCAAAUCAAUGCCUUGUUGGAAAGCUUGCAAGAGUUGGGGCAACCUCCAACCGAGCUAGUUGGGGAUUCUGGUGACUUUUUGCCUGGUUUUGGUGGUGCUGGUAAAGACGGACUUGAUUUUGAUGGCAAAGAUUUGCCAGGAGAUUUGGAAAAGAGUUUGCAAGAAGGGUGUCAACAGCAGUGA